AGUUUUCUUGUAAACGCUUGCUCCACUGCUAGAGGUGCUUCCUUUUGCAUGGGGUGUGUCUUUGCCUGUCGCAAUGGCAUGCGUUCGCCUGCCCAGCGGUCGUGAGGUAAUGUCAGCCCAGGAAUUCACUGAGUGGGAAGAGAAUCACGAGCUCAGGGGUACAGAAUUCCACGAUGCCUUGAGACGGGAAGUGUCCAAGCGCAUGCAGAUCAGCAAUUUCAGACAGCUGAGCUUGGUCUGCGGAGACCAGAUUCUAGGUCCCAGCCGUCCGGAGGAACCCUUGCUGGCCGUGGUGCGCCCUUACGUGGCUCGCAUGAAAGCGGAGCUAUUCUCCGCGAUCCGAAAAAAUGCCCUCCGGGACAUGGUGCAGCUUCUGGAGCAGCCUUGUGACCCCAACACCACGCUGACAGAUGGAGAAUCUCUCCUUCACAGUGCUGGCCGUUAUGGUGACCGCACGGCAGUGGCGCGUUUGUUGUUGGAAGCCGGUGCCGACCAGGAUAAGGCGGACAAGGCUGGGGACACGCCUUUGCACGUCGCUGCUCACUUCGGCCACAUGGAAGUUGUCCGUUGCUUGCUGGAAGCUGGUGCUGACAAGGACAAGGAAAACAAUAAGGGAUGGACGCCUAUGCAUAUUGCAGUAUGUCAAGGUCAUUUGGGAGUCAUUCGCCGUUUGCUGGAGGCUGGUGCUGACAAGGAGAAAAGUGACAAGGUUGGUCAGACACCAUUGCACAAUGCUUCUUUGAAGGGCCAAUUGGAAGUUGUUGAGUGCUUGCUAGAAGCUGGUGCCGUCAAGAGCAAGACAAACAAUGUUGGUCGGACCCCCCUACAUCUUGCUGCUCUCGCCGGUCAUUUGGAAGUCGUUGGCUGCUUGCUGGAAGCUGGUGCCGAGAAGGAGAAAAGCGACAAGGAUGGCUCUAUACCAAUACAUCUUGCUGCUGAGUAUGGCUUUUUGGACGUGGUGCGUUGCUUGCACGCUGGCACCGACAUGGACAGGGGCCGCGAGCCACAUGGUCGGACGCCCCUACAUCUCGCGGCUCUGCAUGAGCGGUUGGAGGUUCUGCAAUAUCUACUGCAAGCUGGUGCUGGUAAGGACGUGGAAGACACGAGAAUGGCUUUACCCCGCUGCAUCUCGGUGCACAGCGCGGGCAUUUGGAGGUGGUGCAGUGCUUGCUGACGGCGAAAGCUGACAAGGACAAAGGCGACCAGCAGGGGGCGACGCCCAUGCAUUCGGCUGCCCUGAGUGGCCAUUCUGAAGUCGUUUGCUGCUUGCUGGAUGAUGCCGGAGCCGACAAGAACCGGAGCAACCGGGUCGGUCGGAGCCCCAUGCACCUCGCUGCCGCGAAUCUCCAUCUCGAAGUGGUGCGUUGUUUGCUGGAGGCCGGCGCUGACCAGGACCAGCGCGACAAGGAUGGCGUGACGCCCAGGCAUCUUCUCGCCAGCUUCGAGGAAGACUAGUUUCAUCCUUAAGCCUCGGAGAUUGAGAGGCGUCCAGCGGUGAGCGCAAAGCCCUCUGAGAGCCCAGGAGCCGAAGAGGGGUGAGAGCAAAGUGCAA